GUGGAAGUAAAACGACGGCUCUGAAAUCCGUGGUGUGCAGCGCUCGUUGAAGUCCGGGGGGUGGCCACGGGUGCUAGGAAAGCUGCAGAGAGGGGUUUGAGGGAGAAGACGGUCCGCAGUGUUUGUGUGGGGUCAUGGAGACUUCAACUGAUCAGUCAGUGAUUGGAGUCCAGAAUUAUAUGGAGAAGGCAGCACAGAACCUAAAACCCGUCGUUCCCAUCAAGUUCCACAUCUCCAGCCGAACAGACACUGGUGUCCAUGCGCUCUGCAACUCUGCUCACCUUGACAUCCAGAGGGCAACAGGGAAGCCACCUUUUCAUGAGAGAGAGCUCGUCUGCAGUCUCAAUUACCACCUGAAGUCUGAGCCAAUCCGCGUUUUGAGUGCCUAUCGAGUGGCCAAUAGUUUCCAUGCACGCUUCUCUGCGCUGUCAAGGACCUACGUUUAUCGGCUAUUGAUGGGUUGCACUCAUCAUUCUGAAAUACCAGUGUUCGAAAGAGAUCUCUGCUGGGCUCCAGGGGGAGGCUACCUGAAUGUGCCUGCCAUGCAAGAUGCAGCAUGGUUCCUGCUGGGGACCCAUGACUUCAGCACCUUCCGCUCACUCAACUCUGAAACACCUUUUCGGUCUCCAGUCAGAACCAUCCUCCAAGUAGACAUCCGACCCUCUUCUGGUUUCCUGUCCCACCACUAUGAAUACAGGGGACUGGAGUUUUGGGAGCUGGAGUUCAAGAGCAGAUCAUUUCUGUACCGACAGGUCCGAAGAAUGGUUGGGGCUCUGGUUGCAGUUGGCCAGGGGAAGUUAACACCUCGUCAUAUAAAGGAGUUACUGGAGAUAAAAGACUCACGGGCUUUUCCACCUCAUGCUAUGGCUCCACCAUCUGGACUCUUUCUAAAAUCUGUAGAAUAUAAUGAAGCAGACUUGGAGAAAACGAUGACAGCAGGAGAAUAGCAGCUCUGUGAGACGCAGCCAGGCCUGAAAGGACUGUGGUGGAUGUGUGAUGGAAGCUUGCAGAGUGCUCUUUGCACAAUAUAUGGUCUUGUCUCAAUAAACAUCAUUCACAGUGA